CUGUCCCACGUAGGCCCUGUCUGCCCGAUCACAAAAUUUGCGGGUUUCAGUGACAUCACAGAAUGCACCAGCUGAGCGCUGUACAACACCAGCGGUCCACUGCAUCGUGACCUUGCAUGUCGCGCAUCAUCAUCGCUAGCGCUGCGUGCGCGGUGGUGGUGCGGGUGGGUGGUCUUGCGUAUGGUGAACCACUAGAGGCCAGCAACCAUGGAGGACAUGCCAACAGACUAUGAUGCUAUUGUUGUUGGCACAGGGCUUGUGGAGUCAAUUUAUGCUGCUGCAGCCGCCCGUGUGGGAAAAACUGUACUUCACAUUGACAGGAAUGACCACUACAGUGGUCAGUGGGCAGUGCUCAGCCUCAGUGGUCUGCUGGAGUGGGCCGAGCGGCAGGAGGCGGCCGACGCCACGCCGGUCGCGUCGCCGCCGGACACCGAACCGGACACCGUGCCGCUGCGAGCCCGCCAGCUUGUGCACGAGCUGGUGCUGCGCUGGCAUAUUGAGGAAGGCGAGCCAGAAGCCUCUUCCGAGUUACCCAAGAUUUGCCUUCCCGGACGUCCUGUCCAAACGGCUGCAGCCACCCCAGAUGACACCAGCACGGCCGUGUCGGAGGACCAGUCCAUGAGUCGGGUCGGGCCAGGGACGGUCCAGGACGAGGCGCCAGGUCCUGCCCCGCAGAUGGAGGGGCAGGACGCAACUCCUGGGCAGUCUGCUUCUCUGCCCACCGAAUCUGCUUCGCUACAUGCAGAGUCCGCGUUGCCGACUGCUGAGUCUGCUUCGCCACCCACCGGGUCCGCACCUCCACCUUCAGAAACCGUUGCUCCACUCACGGAGUCCGCUUCUUUGCCCGCGGAAUCUGCUCCUCCGUCCACGGAGCCAGCUCCUUCACCCACGGAGCCCGGUCUUCCACCCACGGAGUCUGCUCCUCCACCCACGGAGUCCGCUCCUCCACCCACGCAGCCUGUUUCAGUAGCAGCCGAGCAGUCUGCUUCGCUAGCUAAGGAGUCGGCCAGCGGCGAGGCGCCGUGGACCAUCAACAGAAUGAAGAAACUCAGCCGUCGCUUCAACAUCGACUUAGCGCCCAAGGUGCUGUACAGCCGCGGCACGCUGGUGGAGCUGCUGAUCUCGUCCAACAUCGCGCGCUACGCUGAGUUCCGCUCGGUGGGCCAACUGCUGACCCCGCUGCUGGGCCAGCUGCAGCCGGUGCCCAGCUCGCGCGCCGACGUCUUCACCACCCGCCACGUGUCCGUGGUGGAGAAGCGGCUGCUCAUGAAGCUGCUUAGCUUCUGCCUCGACUUCGAGAAAUACCCCGACGAGUACAAGGCUUUCGAGCAGAAGCCGUUCAGCGACUUCCUGCGCUCACGCCGGCUGACAGACACCCUGACGCACCACGUGAUCCAUGCAAUCGCCAUGGUAACGCCGCAGACGCCGACGCUGCAGGCGCUGCUCUCCACGCAGAAGUUUCUGCGCAGCCUUGGUCGCUAUGGCAACACGCCGUUCCUGUGGCCGAUGUACGGCAGUGGGGAGCUUCCACAGUGCUUCUGCAGGAUGUGUGCCGUGUUCGGCGGCGUGUACCACCUGAGCCGCGGCCUGGACGCGCUGACGGUGGACGCGACCGGCGCCGUCUCGGGCGUGCUCUCCCAGGGCCAGCGGCUUACCUGCCGCCGCCUGCUGCUGGAGGAGGCGUACCGGCCGGCGGGCGGCGACGACGCGGCCGGCCUCUCCCGCGCCGUCCUCAUCACGGACAGGUCGCUGCACCGGGCGGCCGGGGACCAGGUGCUGCUGAUCCGUCUGCCGGCCGAGGAGGGCAGCCCCGGGCCGGUCACCGUGCUGCAGGUUGGCACCGCCGCCUCGGCCGCGCCAGCCUCGCUCUACCUGGUACACCUGACCUGCGAGCGGCGUGAGUCGGCUGAGCGUGACCUGACGCCGGCCGUGGAGCGACUGCGGCGGCUGGCGGCGGCCGACGGCGACGACGGUGCCGAGGCGGCACCGCUCCGCGUGCUCGCCAGCCUCUUCUUCAGCCGACGGCGGCCGGGUGCCGGCGCCGGGUCGCCACCGGCCGGCGUCGCCUUCUGCUCCGGACCGGACGAGCACGUCGGCUUCGACGCCGCCGUGAGGGAGGCCCGCGAGCUGUUCUCGGCUCACUUCCCGGACGAGCCGUUCCUGCCGCGCGCGCCGGACCCCGAGGAGAUCAUCUUCUUCGACGAGCCGGCCGAGUCGGUCGUGACCGGCGGCGCCCGGCCCACGGAGACGAGCGCUGGGGCAGACGGCUCGACUGGACAGGGUGACAGCCCACCUGCGCAGGGAGACAGGCCGGCCACGCAGGGGGACAGCCCGCCCGCGCAGGGAGACGGCCCACCCGCGCGAGGAGACAGCCCGGCCGCGCAGGGAGACGGCCCGCCCGCGCAGGGAGACGGCCCACCCGCGCGAGGAGACAGCCCGGCCGCGCAGGGAGACGGCCCGCCCGCGCAGGGAGACGGCCCUCCCGCGCAGGGAGACGGCCCGCCCGCGCAGGGAGACGGCCCUCCCGCGUAG